CAGAUAAAUACGGGACUGAUUUAUGGUAAAUAAACCACCCACUUGAGAACGGGUCUAUUGGGGAUAGAGGUUGAUCAAAACUGUGGGUUUAUAAUGGAAUACUUUCGCGUUUAACUGUUGCCAAUAAACUCAAUAUUGACACUGCGGCGAGAAUAGGAUAUUGACAUCUUCACAUUCUUAGAUACGACUCGGUGGAAUAAAGGAUACAGUUGGAGUUAAUUAGCCGAUGCCGCGUUGUAUCAGCCAUGGCAACAUCGACUUCAGGUGCCGCUCUUUCAGCGAAUGAGAAGCUUACCUUACAGGCGCUGAAGGACCACGACAAAGUGCAUCCAAAACUUUCUGCAACGCCUGUGCCACCGACCCUCAAAGACAGUUCUAAAAGAGGACCCGGCUCCAAGGUAUCAUCGACCUCAAGACGCAGUCAUGCCAGCGGUGACCAAUCGUCUUCCCGCUCAGACCGCACCGGAAAGCCUCCAAGAAUCAACUUCUUCAAAUUCGUCGUGGCCACGCGUGCCUGGCAUCGUAUCGCAAAGAACAGCAGCAUCGCCAAGAGCAGCGAGAAACUUCAACCAGUCGUCAGGUACGAAAAUACGUACAAAACUGACCCAGAAAAGGGUCAGUAUUUUGCGCCGGGAAAAGUCGAAGAGAUGCUGAAAGAUACGAUGGAAAAGAAACUCAAGUGCGUAAAAUACAGUCCUGAAAAAUGUCGUCUGAUUACAACGGAACUGACUGCGGAAAUCAAGAGCAAGGUGAAGGCCUUGGAGUUCCCGCGAUACAAGAUCGUGUGCAAUGUUGUGAUGACGGAGAACAAGCGCCAGGGUCUUGAGAUAGCUAGCAGGUGCGUAUGGAAUCAUAGCACGGACAACUUUGCCUCGUACACAUACAGGAACGCUACCCUGAUAGCUAUGGCGAAUGUCUAUGGAGUCUACUUUGAGUAACCACGGUAACGUGCAGAUGUGUGAUGUGACGAUGAUAAACUGGCGUCGAAAUGAAUCUACGGCGUCCGUUCCAAGUAUCGGUUACUUUGUGCAUUCAAUUAUGUACUUUGCGUUUACGGUGCUGAGCAACAACAUAUUAACGGCAUCAAAGUUGAGAAAUGUUGAAUUUCCAAAUGCUUAUGUCGUGAACUCUAAAGAACAGUAAUCUCAAAAUGAAAACUGAGUGCAUUGUAUACUACAAUUGCAAGGGACUUUUAAAUACGAUUGUCCCUGUGUUACCUGUCUUACAUGUUCUUUAAGAAACUGCUAGUUAAAUGGCUAGACAUUUUGUAAAACACAAUCCUACUUUAAAGUAUCAUGACUAGGGAUGGGACCGAAUAUCCGAAUAUUCGAAUAUUCGAAAAUCGGCCGAAUAUUCGAAUCCAUAAUUCAUAUUCGAAUAUUCUAUUUUUAUGCAAAGGCACUUCCAAAAAUGUACAUGUACAAAGUCGCAGUUUUGGUUUUCAUUAAAAGUAAUUGCUUUGAUAACAGCUGCCAUCAAUGAACGAGGUAAUAACUGGCAAACGGGAGGGUAUAAGGAGAGGGGACAAUCAAUUUUCUCUCAAUUCAGAGUAAUGCAAUAUGUACACAUUAUUUUCUGUCAAUCAGUCAAAUAUGAAAGUCAAUUAAUGUGAAACAUUAACGUUUAUUGAUAAACAUUUAACCAUCUGUGUUUUUACAGGUUUUUUAACCUCAGCGGUCAAUUGUAUAAACAGUGGUUAAUAUUAGCUGUAGUUACUUGAUUAGCGCAGUUAUUUACAUGGAUAUGUUGCCACCAUAUAGUUGUAUUUGUAUAAACGAUGGUUACUCCGUUAUAACCUAA